GAUAUUAUUGAGAGAGAGAGAGAAGAAGAAGGGGUCCGACCGAGGAAUCUGUGUUCACUGAGAGGGACCUGUGCGGUGAUUCUGGGAUUAUCGAAUUGAUCGGAUAAUCCCGUUGCGUCGGUGAGAGCUAGAACGGAAGUUGAGAUUCCCGGCUAAUCAAUUUGAUCUGUAAAUCGCUGAUUCGUGAGAUGCCGACUGUGCCGUUAGGAUUCUCGGCGCCGCCUAAAACUUCCCUUCUCGCUCUCACCUUCCUCAAUCCUACUACAACUCCCACAAAGCUACAGUCUUGCUAUCAUCAUAAAUUGUCUAAUCCUUCUCUUUCUCCCCUUCCCAGAUCAUCAGGGACAGUUUGCAGGGCAAGUCAAGUUUUCGAAUUGUUCCCAACUGUGACCCCAAAAAUAGUGGUUCGAGAAGCCAGGUUUGAAGACAGUUGGGAAGUGGCCGAGACUCAUUGCAGCUGCUUCUUCCCCGAAUACUCAUUCCCUUUAGAUAUCAUGUUGAGGAUGGACAGAAUCGUGGGAAUGCUUUCUGGAUUCACAAUACCAACUGGCUGUCAUAGAACUUGUCUUGUUGCUGUUAUUGGAAAUUCACUUGGUGAAUCCGUCAUCUUUGGAGAAGAUGAUUUCAGAAUUGGAGGUUUGGAUGGUAGAUUUAGCCUAAACAAGGGAUAUGUUGCUGGAAUUUUGACUGUAGACACUGUUGCUGAUUUUUUGCCAAGAAAGGGACCAUUCCGACAAAGAAGGACUGGGGUUGCAUACAUAUCAAACGUGGCAGUUCGGGAAGGUUUUCGACGGAAAGGGAUUGCGAAAAGACUAAUAGUAAAAGCAGAGGCAAAAGCUAGAAGCUGGGGUUGUCGAUCAAUUGCAUUGCAUUGCGAUGUAAAGAAUCCUUUUGCCACGAGGUUGUAUAUAGACCAAGGAUUUAAAUGUGUCAAAGUACCAGAAGGGGCAGUCUGGCCUCAACCGAGGACUGCACCCAAUGUCAAAUUUAACUUCAUGAUGAAGCUUACAGAAGAAUCAAACAAUGCCUAGAUAUUCUGGCUGGGGACAUGCCUUUUUGUGUAUGUAGAUUGAAUCUGAUAAAAAGGUAUAAAAAGUUCAAUUUCUCUUGUAUAUAUUUAACUGAUUUGAUUUGAAGUCUAAUGUAUAAAAUGCGUAUUCACCUCUCAAGAUAUAUUAUUCCAAGUUAUACUCAAAAUUUGCCUAGAUUUUGGAUAAUUUUUUAAGCUAUAUAUAUGAUUUUACAUUCUCA